AUGAACAAAAAACAGCGACAAAAUUCGGCAAAUGAACUUCUAAGGCAAUAUGAGCGAGCCUCUGAUAUUGUCAACCGGGCCGGUAAUGAGUAUAAAAUGGGAAAUAGGGAAAUGGCUAAGAAGCACUACAUAGAAGCAAUAAAUAUAUAUGGAUCUAUAAUUAAAAUUGAACCUGAUCAAAUCAAGAGAAAUAAAAUAUCAACAAAAUGUCAUGAAUAUAAAAUGCUUGUUAAACAAUUAGAUGGCGAAUUGACGAAUACAAUAAAUCUACCAAAUACUCAUACUGUUUCUCAUGGGUCGACAUUAGACAACAUUUUAAACCAAGCACAGUCAAUUCAAAAUCAAGCUGAAUCGCAAGAUAAACAAAAAAAUUACACAGAAGCUUUGGAUUUAUAUACAAAAGCUGCAGAGAUUUUCUUAAAUGCUAUUAAAGAGACAAAAAACGAAUCACUCCAUCAAAAAUUGACUACCAAAGUAAAGCAUUUGCUUGAUAGAGCUGAAGAAUUAAAAGGUUUACCAACAAAGAGGAUGAAGAGGAUGUCGUUAUUAAUCAAUUUAUUAGCUGUACAAUCGGCAAAUUAUGGGACGAGUACAUCUUUAUGCAAACUUACAAAAGAAGAAACUGAUAUACUUAAACAUACAUCCAAUAUUAAUGGAAGAAAUUAUCUGCCAUGGCUUGAAACCGAUUUAAAAGAAGAAUUUAAAUUUGAUAAACCAUUUUUAGAUCCAGAUGGUACACUACCCUUAUCUGAUAUACAAAGGAAGAACUUUGGAGGGUGGGUUCGACCAUCUGAUAUUAUGGACAAUCCGAAAAUGAUUGUCAUGAUUUCUAGUUCUGCUGUUAAACAGGAUAUUGUUACUGAUUGCUCUUUUGUCGCUUCUAUGUGCGUCUGUGCGGCAUACGAACGAAAAUUCGAAAAACAAUUAAUUACAAGUUGUAUCUUUCCACAAGGAGAAUAUGGUCCCGUAUAUAACCCAAGUGGAAAAUAUAUGAUUAGGCUAAUAUUUAAUGGCAUUGCAAGAAAAGCAUCUGAAGUAGCAACUGCCUGA